AUCUCGUGUAUUAUAGGUUGCUAAAGUGUAUGUUUUUCUUCUUUUAUUAUUUCUGAAGUCGUAGUUACUUUUUGGUAGUAAAAUACCUUCAAUCACGGGUUGUAGAAGCAGCAAAUAAUAGGGAGUCUGACAUUUAAAAGGUUUUGACUUUCAAGAAAUCUAAAGAGAAAGUGUUUCGCUAUUAUAUGGAAGUGGAAGUGACUGCGCUAUUUGCAACUUGCAAACAAGUAAAAGUCAAACAGAGCAAGUGUUUGUCAUGAUUGGUUUUAUGUUUCGAUUAUUUGAUGCUGAGUCUGAGGAGCGAGCAAAGAACCGGAACGGCUGCAUAUCUAGCGUUCACUAGGCCUACAUACUUUUAUGCAGGUAUAAUUAAGGAACAGCGUAGCAAGAUGGAAAAAGACGAGGAUAGCAUCGUGGGCACAUAUAUGCCUAGUAGUAGUAGUAGUAAUUUUGAUGUGGAUGUAAUUAAAGUUGAAACAAGUACAGCAGUAAUAGACGCAGAGUUAGGAGUAGGUAUAAAACCUAAAAGUCAGCUGAUGCUCCCUUCCUCCGAUAAAAAGCAAGGAAGUAGGGCAUCGCGGUGUACUAGAACGGUACCAACCCCAGGAGACAGAAUCCAGGCUGAUGUAACAGCAGUAGUCAAGAGGUUGGUUCGAUCAGUAGAAGCCAAGCAACAACAUGAUGCUGAUGAGGUGGUCAGGUUGAAACUGAGUGAAGAGCUUCAACAAGGCUAUCGGAUAUUGAAAGAAUUUAUGUCAGAUGUUAACAAAUCUGUCAACAGACUGUUUAUGGAUGAAGUGGAUGUCGAGGAACUACAGCUAUGGGACUACCACGAACGAGUGAAAGACCCAAUAUGGCUGAAAAAAAUGAAGCAGAAGUUUGAUGACUUUACCUAUCAGUCUAUAACAGACUUUGUUGCCGACUUUCGCCGAAUGGUUGAGAAUUGUCUGCGAUAUAAUGGGCCUGAUCACGUUAUUUCAAAGAAAGCGAAUAGACUUAACACCAUGUUGGAGCAGAAACUCGCAUUGCUGAGCUGGCAUGUGAGAGAAAAGACAAGCUUGGAAGCCACAUCUGCAGUGUAUGGGUCAACUUCUCCCAAGUUAUCAAGUUGUGGCUUCACUGGUACUAGGAAGAGAAAAGUGAUUGUUCCCAAUGAUAACUCGCACCUGGUACAGCAGCUGCGGGAAGAGGAGCGUGAGAAGAAGAAGCAGCAGAGAUUGCAGACAAUGGAGGAGAAGAGGAAGGCAACAGAGGCUGCAGAGCAGGAGGCCCUUGAUUGGGACAACAACUUACUGAAGGAGCCAAUCAGGAUGCAGAUGAUGACCUGCUGGGAGCUUCCACAGAUCUGUCAUUUCUUCUAUCUGACCCAAGAGGCUCUAAACAUGCCCCUGCUAAACACAUAUGAGUUGGAGCGUUGCCUGGCCAUGCCAAGAGAGAGCAGUAUGCUGGCCAUGAUUAUGACAACGCUACUUUGCUCACCAUCCCAGAGGCCAAAACUGGACAGGAAGCCACCGAUGCCUUACCGAAUCUGGUCCAAACGCCUAAAGAAGAGAGUUGCACAGUGGUACAAAAUGUUGUGUGAAAAGGGUUAUGACAUAGAAAAGGUGUGCACGAAGUUUGGAUUUGACACGAAACUGUUUGACGUCCUAGGCGAGUGUGAUCCACUGGAAGAGCAGGAGUUUCAUGAGCUGAACUACAUUGAGCGGGUGUGGAUCGUGAAGUCUCUCUGCGAUUAUUGCCUGGUCAGUCGUUUGCUUUUGUUUUCGUAACUUGAUUGCCGUUGCCAUUAUAAUAAUAGGGUGUGUUAGGUGUCAGUUCACAUUUUCACCAGAAGAUGGUGCAUGUGAGAAUGAUUAAUGCUGUGGUCUCAUAGAGACGCAAUUUGAACUUGUAAACGGCCCCCUUCUCCCUGCACAUCCUCCUCUUUCUCGUCCUCCUUUCCCUCACUCACCUGACAGGUGUUAGUCUUCAUCUAUGUCUCACUGGGUAUGAGAGGUUUUGGCUGCAGCAGCAGUAGCGAGUAUUUGAGCAGGCGCUGUAUCGGCUGAUGAAAAAGUUAAUGACAGUUGACGUCUAACCAUUUUUAGCUCAGCUGACGAAGUCAGAUGCAGCUUGUAGAAUCGCAUGAGCGU